AUGUAUGUGAAAUGGUUUGAUACAGUAAUGUAAUACUAUCAGAUUUCAGUGUAUUUAGUGAAUGUCACUUUUUGACAUUUUCAAAUUUCCCGUCGUUCCGUCCCCGUACAUCCCGACGUCGCAGGGGACGGAACCCAGAUGACAGAUGCCGCCGGAUUACAUUGCCAAGGACACUGCAGGAGGGACAUCGCGGGAGCGCAGGACAAGGUAAGUGAAGAAGAGAUCCCGGAUCAGCGUUGCAGGGUAUUCCUGAGUGUAGCUCGGGGUUAUCGCUUGUGCUACACUCGGGAAUACCGCCAGGGAGGU